AUGGCUACCUUCACGUACGAUAUCACCUCCCCUGGACCUGCCGACGGUUCUCCCUCACCUCAGCUAAACACAGUGCACCUCCUGGAAGCGUACACCCCUGAUCCUUGGUCAGACGAAAAGCCCCAGCACCUCCUUCCAAUGCCCAUGCCCAUGCUCGUGCCCCUCUUCUCUGCGUCUGGCGACCUCUCUAAGGAUGCAGCAAGUGAGAGCCAACCCCUUCCCUGGCCCCAGAAAGAUCGUGAAGGCAACACAUCGAAGGCGCCGUUGAAUUACUCCGAUGGUUCCAUCGAGGCUGACCCACGCCUGGGCGAGGAACGCCACGUCCAAGCCGACCGAUCAGAGCAAGUUAUCCCCCUGGUGUCCGACCGUUGGGAAGGCGAUGCGUUGGGGGAGACGCUGCAUAAUCAGGAAUGCAUUAUCUUGCCCCUUUCUCAGGUGAAGAUUCUGAAGCUGGUGUAUAAGCGAGACGGGGACGAGAUGUACCAGAUAGUAGGGCGGAUAGAUGAAGAAACACGCGGAUAUGGCACACAAGGAAAGCCGUGGAAGUGCUUGGGUUCUGCUGGUAAGGCUCAGUACCUGCUCUGUGAAAAACAUCCUCACUCACUCUCGCAGAAGACCCAAUCAUCAUCGAUGGGCCAAUGA